GCAGCGGAGGAGCUCUUUGGGGAAAUAAAAUCAUUGCACCCCAAAUAGGAAUCCUUUCCCUCUUCAAUGAAGCUCCGCUUCAAUCCCCCAAUUUCUAACACUGCAGAGAAGGAGACGCUCCAAAGCGAGAACCGCUGCUGUCCAUCCCUAUCCGCAAUUCCUUUAUCCACAAAUUCAAGUAUCCACAGCUUGGCAAUAUCAUAUAUAUUGCAUAUAUUCCACUUUAUAUGGUGGACACUGUUUUCCUAUGCCAUUCUAUCUAAUGGGACCCGAGGAGCCACAGCAGAUGCCCAGGACCCCUGCUGCCUCUGCUGCUUCGAGCUUCCUUGGGUAGCUUGCCUUGCCCCUUUCCUUGGGAACCCUGAGUUGUCUCAGAGGAUGCCUUCCUCUGGGGCUGAGAGAGAGUCACCCAGCGGGGGCUUCCAUGACCAAGUUGGGAUCCUAAUCUUGGUCAUCUAGAGUCCUAAUCCAGCAACCAGUCCACUCCACUGGUUCCCAUUGGAACUGAUGCUGAAGGACUAUUUUUGUCCGUUCACAGGGGAGUUAUAUAUACGUAUGCAAUGUAUAAAAGUGUCCUAAAGUUAGCAGCCUGAAAAUGCAUUUAGCCCCGGCUUUAGAAACAGUGUUGUGUCUCCAUCAGUUGUGGGCUGGAUCUGGACUUAGUUGUGCUUAGAGUUGACCCACGGAGAACAAUGGGAGUCACACACCUUCUCUCUCAUUUGGGUUCAAUGGAUGGCAGUUUAAACUCCUGGUUCCUCAUUUUUCCAGCCCUUUCCUUUUGUUUGCUUUCCUGGCACUCUCUGCAGGCCCCAGGAGCAGAAAGUUGGCCCCUGGAGCUGCCACAGUUGCCCACCUGGUCUGCUCUUGCGUGCCCUUCGGGAGUCAGCUCACUCACAAUUGUGGUGAAACGGUGCACUUUUCCAACCGGAAAGUACUUGAAAGCAAAAGAGGCUUCUCUCCUCCGGUGUUGCUCUCAAGGAGACCCAGCAGAUCUCCCUCUGGACUAAUGGUGCAAGAAGGCAGCAAAGGAAGGCCCCAGAAGGUGGGGAGGAAGGCCUUUUGGGAGACUGUCUCCUCCUUGGAGAAGGCAUGGGGCUCCUUCCAGUCGGACGGAGAGUCUGUGCUCAGCCUGGGGGUUUGGUUGCAGCUGGCUGAAAGGCCAGGGUCUAAGUUUUAUGGCUUGAUGGCCCUUGGUCCAGAGUCCAAGGCCGAGAUUGUCUGGGAAAGGCAAGGCUGGGUUUCGUGGACUUGGGAGCGAAAGACACACAGGAGCCCAGAAAAAGAAAACAUGUUUUAUAGUUUGCUUCAGUCUCAUUUCUUGACAAGUAUUGAAAUAAACGCUUCAUUGCAAAACCCACAAAAGUAACCAAGAGAUUGUGUUGGAUUUGGAGAAGAGGGUGCCGAGUUCGAUUCUUGCUCAAUGACAGGAUGACAGGAGACAAACUGUGUUUGUUCGCUUCGUUUUAAAACGCUUUACACAAAUUUAAACAUUUCAGUAAAUAAAUAAAUAGGACAAUCCCAACAACAUAACAUCCUGUAACAGCAUUUCCCAAUGUGGUGCCUUCCAGGUGUGUGACUUUGGUGUGUGGUGUGCUGCCUGGCUUUUGCCUUCAGUGGUCCACAUCUACCAAAGGCAUCUCUUUUGUAGUGCAGACUGUGUGUGUGUCUUUGUGCUGUCUAUGUGGCAUCCACUCCAGCGACCGAUGCCCCGCGGUGCGUCUGAACAACCCCUUGCCCCGAAGGAGGGCAGCCGUCCUGGGCUGGAGUUUUGCCUCCCGGUUGCAGGUGAUAAGAGAGGUUGAAGUCCAGGCCCAGCGUCACUUGGAGGAACCUGCCUACCUUCUUCCCCUCCGCCUUUUGCAAGAGCAGAGUCCCUUUGCGCUCAAUGGGUCUUCCUCACUCCCAGGAUGUCAGGGUCUUGGCGGCUGAUGCUCUGGAUGCUCCUUUUGGGGGAACUCACCACGGGGCCCCAAUUUUCCAUCCAGGCGGUCUUCCUCAACCGAUGCAGGACCCCAACCCAAAAUGUGUGCAACUUCGUCUGCGAUUGCUGGGAUUGUUCGGAUGAAAACCAGUGCGGUUACCAAAAGGAGUCGGUGGCUCUGGCGAUACCCUUCACCUGCGACUUUGAAGGCAGCACCUGUGGCUGGGAAGACGUGAGCACCACGAAUUUCCGAUGGGGUCCAGCCAGGGCCAGCAUCUCCAACUGGGGCACGGACCCCUCCUUUGACCACACGCUGGGCACCGAUUUGGGAUGGUACAUGACCACCACAAAGCAGGAGGUCAAGCCAUCUGCAGUGGCCCGCCUGAGGUCCCCUGCCAUGAGGGAAGCUGCCGCAACCUGCGAGAUCCACGCUUGGUAUCACCUGUGGGGACCAGGACUCAACGAGAGUCACCAUCCCACGCUGACGCUGGAGCUGAGCAAUGAGAAUUACACCACGACGCUCUGGCGCAACCCUCUGAGUAGCGUUUCCCCCUGGAGGGAGAUGGUGGCCUACACGGGCCAGAUCCGGGGGACAUUUCAGGUCACCUUCUCCGUAACGCAGGACUACUCCAGACCAGCGCAAAUGGCGCUUGACGACGUGGAGUUCAGGAACUGUGGCCUCCCCACCCCGAGUUCAGGUCCUACCAGUUGUGGCCCAGAUGAAUUGCAGUGUAGUAACAGUGGCGCAUGCAUCGCUGCGGACCGGCGUUGUGACGGAACUGAAGACUGCCAAGACGGCGACGAUGAAGACCCAGACCAUUGCGCCUCCUUCAGCGUCUGUCACUUUGAGGGCGGCUGGUGUGGAUGGGCCACAGUGGCUGACCGGACCUUUUUGUGGGUCAGGAACUUCAGCCUCCAGGCUGACCAGUCAUCGGCUGAACGGCCCACCCGAGACCACAGCACCAACAGCCCGGCAGGCUACUUUGUCUAUGUCCACAACCAACACCUGGGUCUCCAAGGGGGGAGCGCAUGGCUGGCCAGCCCAGUCUUGACCGUGAACAACACCACGCCGUGCCACCUGGUUUUCUACCUCCACCUUCAUGGCUCCAACACCAACAUCCUCAACAUUUACUACCGGACGGAGAAAGCGAUGGAGCUCGUCCGGACUCGCUCUGGGGACUUGGGCAACUACUGGUUCCGGGAGAAAGUGGAUUUCCAGGUGGAAGAGAAAUUCCAGAUUGUCAUUGAAGGCCUGGUUGGAGCGGGGCAGAAAGGGAGCAUCGCUUUGGAUGACCUCAUUUUGUCUCCCGGCUGCAUGGAGCAAAGCAGUAACCUUUCUGUCCCGCUGGAGCCAGGACCGGGCAGUUCCUGUGGCCCAGACCAGUUUCCCUGCAGAAAUGGCAUGCUGUGUAUUGGGGCCGAACUGGUCUGUGACUUUAAAGCCGACUGCGAGGAUGGCUCCGAUGAAUGGGAGUGUGGAAUGGUUUCUGCCAACAGCUCCGGAGGAUGGAUGGACCUCAGCGUGGGGCGGCUGCAGUGGACGGUCCGAAACCCCAGUGGCCAAAUAAAUGCCACAGGCCACGCUCUUGGGCUCUCUGAAGGCCCUGGGCAGAUGCUGUCCGUGGCCCGAGCCGCCACGCCAGUCUUGGGUCCCUCUGGUCUGUCCUGCACUCUGGAAAUGGACUUCACCACCGGUCCUCAAGGAUUCUUGGCACUUGCCAUCGCAGAUGAGAGCUUGGGGACCCGCCGCUGGGUUUGGGCUGCCCUGGGGAAUGGCACCGUCAUGUGGGAAUGGGCGCGGGUGCCUCUCGGUGCCAGAGCCCGGCCCUUCCAGAUUGAACUGAUGGGGUCAGAAGAUCUCCAAGGAUCCGGGGAUCCCUCGCUCCUUGCUGUGAGCAACCUGGCCUUCGUGAACUGUGAUGCCAGCGCUGUCCUUGCAAACUCCUCAGGGUUGUCUUGCAACUUUGAGAAAGGCUGGUGCAACUGGUUUGUGGAGCAGAGUGACGGCUUUGAAUGGGAGCUUAGUGCCAGCCCCGGGUGCGGCACGGACCACACCACCGGCUCAGGUUCCUUCCUCUGUGCGAACCCUUCUGCUCCUGGAGUCCAAGGGUUGAGCGCGCGCCUCAUCUCUUCCCCGCAGACGUCUGUGGCAGAUUUCUCAUGCUUUUCCUUCUGGUACCGCAUGGAGGGACCCCAGAUCGGAACCCUCAGCCUCCUGGUGAAAUACGCUGGGGACCCAGAGCAGGUCAUUUGGAGCAGGACCGGGAGCCAUGGCGCAGUUUGGCACCGGGCCUUCUCCACCGUCUCCCACCGGCCGGGCCAGAAAUUCCAGCUGGUCUUUGAGGCCCUUCGGGAUGGCUUCCUGGGGUCCAUGGCGCUGGAUGAUUUCGCCGUGAUCGCUGGCGUCUGCGAGGCACAAAAGAGUUGCUCCUUCGAGAUGGACGACUGUGGCUUUUCGGCGGGGGAAUGCCAAGCGUGGGUGCGGCAGAAGGCAGCAGGAGGGCAGGGACCCCCGACAGACCACACUUUGGGCUUGCCAGAAGGACAUUAUAUGCUCCUCAACACCAGUGAGAGCGCCCUGCCACCCAGGCAAGCGGUCACCUUGCAUUCCCAAGCGUUCCCACCUCUCCGCCGCAUCCACUGUAUAACAUUUUGGUAUCACCUGAAGAGCAGCCAUCCAGGAUUUUUGAGGGCCGACAUCAAAGACGGAGGCAAGCACAAGGUGUCACUGAGUGUAAACCUGGUCCCAGGGGAAGCCUGGCAUUAUGGCAAUUUCAGUGUUCGGGUUGAAGAUGAAUGGCAGGUGACCUUUGAGGUGGAAGGUUUUGGCGGAGGGCCCUCCUCUUACCUUGCCCUCGAUGACCUUCACGUUAAAGAAGGAGGCUGCUCUGGAGCAGGCUCUUGCGACUUCGAACUGGGCACCUGCGGCUGGAGCAAGCCCCCCGGAGACUGGUACAGCUGGGACUGGAAGGAAGGGGCCACCCCGUCCCAGUCCCCGUCCCCAAGGAUAGAUCACACCUUUGGGACAAAAGCAGGUCACUAUGCCUACGUAGACAUUGCCAUGCUGGGCAUGGGGAGGAGCGUGGCCCGCCUGACCAGUGAGCCCCUUACCCCGGCCACCAACUCCUGCCUCCGCUUCCAUUACCACAUGGACUUCCUGGGACAGAGCUCUCAAGCAGAGCUCAGGGUGAAGGUCUCCAGCCUGGAAGGGGAGCGAACGCUGUGGAGUGCUGCUGGGCACCAGAGCCAGGCUUGGCUGCACCAAACCCUCCGUGUCUCCAGUCUCACUGAGUUCCAGAUUGUCCUGGAAGCCACAAGCGGAGCGUGGCCAAACUCAGAGACCAUUGCUGUGGACGAUGUCUCAUACGAUACUGGGCCUAGCUGUGGCAAGACAGAAGGGAGCCAAGAGACAGGUGGUUCUGGCGAGGGCUCAAGGGCAGGGAUGGUGGCUGGCAUUGUCUGCUCCGUCCUUCUGGCCCUCCUGGCAGCUGGGGCAGCUGUCUAUUGCCUGAAAAGGUGGAGAACGCUGGGGGAGAGGAUGCCCAUGGAGCGCACCAGUGUCCAGGGAUUUGACAACGUUGCAUUUAGAGACGAUAGAGUCAUCAUCCCACCGAUGCCCACGGAUGGAGAAGUAGAAUAGAUCUGCAGCAUGAAGACAAAGAAGGGGGUGACAUGGGGACAUUCUGGGUGGGUGACCCUUCAAAGGUUCUCUGUCUGCCUCGAGAGACCUUUUGUGUUUUGGGGAAAAUCUCCAUCCUCUGUAUGGCAGGUCAGUGCAGUGGUCAGUAAAGUCCUUUUGCUAGUC